AUGCUUGCACAUGCCCGAGAAGCUUCCGAACGUAGCAAGCUCGGCGUGGAACGCUGGGCGGACCAGUGCUGCGCGACGCUCGCCAUCAGAAGACCCCCAUUUGACGGCGCGGUGCGAGCCCUCGCGGCGGUGGCUGGCCAGGCGGAGGCGGCGCUGGUCGAGCCUGACUUCCGCGAGGGCCCGACGAACGCGAAGCCCAUCGUGAGCCCGAUGCAGAUGGUGCGCUGUGGCGCAGAGUUCUGGGUAAGUUCUGGCGAGGGCCGCGCGGCGCGCUCGAAGGGCGACCGCGAGAACGCGACCCGCCUGAGAAGGGUGAGCGACGCCCUGGGGAUCGAGAGCGACGUCUUCGACGUGAGCGCGGGCUCCAAGGGUCGCGCGACGUGGGCAGGGAGCGCGUGUCCCACGGGCAUGGGCGGCGCCUCGGGGUCGGCCGAAGCGGGCCGCUCAGGCAAAGCAGUCGCGGAGGUCGAAGCGGAGCGGCCCAGGGCGGGCGCGGGCCCCCGAGCAGCUUGCGGCGGCGCCCUGGGCAGUGGCAGCGCCGGGGGCGGCGGCGCAUGCGCCUGA